UCACCAGCAACUAAAUCUCCAUCGAAAACGCCAAGUAUGGAGAUAAAAGAAGAAGACGAUCUUAAGUUACUGCGAGCAACAGCUACGUUGCUUGCUGAUCUCAAUCAGCUAUUUUCAAGUUUAACACAGACACCGAAAAAUGACAUGAACCCGGCCCAUCGUCAAGUGCGAGAGAGCGAAAUGUACAAGAUUAUGGAACUGAUUGAACCUUUCCAAGAAGAUCCACAGCUUCUUGACACUCAUCUGAAGCUUUUCAUCCCACCUUUGAUCGCUGCCUAUUUAGCCACACUAGGCAGCACAGCACCUCAUAAACGAAAGAAGGGUUUUGUGCCUCUCUCGCACGCGGCUCUCCAAAUACUAGAUCUGUUUUGCAAAGUGCGAGGGGAGAAGGUCGUUCGAGGCUUCCUGAAUAACGAGCCGCGAUAUCUCGAGCCAAUCCUCUCGGAAUUCGAGGCUGGAAGAAACUAUGCCGGCACUGUCGAUGAGCCGCUACUUCCAUCGAUCGUGCCUUGGAAGGAACGAUAUAUGCUAACUGUUUGGCUGUCUCACUUGAUGCUGGCUCCUUUCCCAUUGGCGUCUAUUUCGACUCUACAAUCCUCUCAGGAAGUUUCCUCUACCUUUGGAAUCAAGCUCCCCGCAGAAGUGCCGCAUAUUGCACUUCGUAUCCUGAAGAUAUGCAUCGAAGGCCUGAAAUCAGCCUCAAAAGAGCGAAGUGCAUCGGCGUAUUUACUAGUGAAACUUUGUGUUCGCCCAGACAUGCAACGCAUCGGUCUUCUUGAUUCAAUCAUCGAUUGGUCUUUGUCCUUCUUCAAAAGCAUAUCUGAGGAUGCAUCAGAUAUUCAUCAGUGCUUGGGUAUGCUCACUUUUGUUUCGGGUCUGGCUGCUUCUGCGAAUAACAAUGAGAUGGGCUCUUCUCUUCCGGCAUUCUACUCGGUGUGCCGCAACAUCCUCGAACGACCUACGCUUGUUUUCAUAAAGUCGUCAGCAGUAGCGAGGAAAUUGAUCAUCAAGAAUUUUCGCAACAUCGCCGUUCAUUGCUUGCAAGGGAAAGGGAUACCCGACAAUUUCGAUACUACCGUUGUGCUUGAAGAAACAAUUGAAUAUCUUCUAGAAGCUGUAGCUGACGGGGACACGCCUGUUCGCUAUGCUGCUAGCAAGGCGCUCAGCAUCAUCACCAUGAAACUAGAAUCCGAAAUGGCUGGUGAGGUUGUCGAAGCCAUUCUAGGUUCGCUAAAUGAGAAUGUUUAUUGGCAGGGCUCGAAAAGGAAUCUGGGUGGAGUGAAUCCGCUUGCGUGGCAUGGACUUGCAUUGACACUUUCUCACCUCCUUUACAGACGGGCCCUCUCACCUGAACAGCUGCCCGACGUACUAAAUGCACUGCUACUGGCUCUGGCGUUUGAACAGAGAUCAGCAACAGGCGGUUCAGUUGGUACCAACGUGCGAGACGCGGCGUGUUUUGGUAUCUGGGCUCUCUCACGCCGCUACACUACCGCUGAGCUCCUCGCUGUAGAGGCUUCGUCAGUGCGUGCAUCCGAGCAUUUGAAGUCUCUCUCGAUCAUUCAGGUCCUUGCAAUCGAACUGUUGGUUGUAGCUUGCGAAGAUCCCGCGGGAAACAUCAGAAGAGGAUCUUCUGCUGCACUCCAAGAGCUGAUAGGGCGCCACCCGAAUACUGUUGAAGAAGGCAUUUCGCUUGUACAGAUUGUCGACUUUCACGCGGUUGGACUCCGAGAUCGGGCAAUGUGUGAAGUAUCUGUGAAAGCUAGUGUGUUGCAUCCAAUGUACUGGGAAGCGAUAUUCGAGAAUGUUCUCGGGUGGCGAGGGACCGGAUCUCUGGAUUCAAGUUCUCGUUUAUCAGCCGCACGGGCAGUUGGUCUCCUCUCUCAUGGGCGGCCUAACGAUGUUGUUUGGAAGAUGUCUGAGCAGAUACGUACCCAACUUGCAGCCCUUCGACCCAGAGAAAUUGAGGAACGCCAGGGCCUUGUUGCUUCUCUCGCAGCGCUCAUUGAUGCUAAUAGUUCAAGAGAGAAUCAAACUAGCUCAAACAGCUCAGGGAUGCAUGUAGCAGCGGACCUUUCUCAUUUAUGGAGUCUACUUAAGAACGAGCUUCUCCUCGAAGAGAAGUCAUUCAUCUCUCCCACUCUACGUCCGGAAUUGACUGCUUCUUCGAUAUGCAGUUUCAUCGGGGCUCUCUCUUCUAUGACAAAAUGCCAAUACGACCGAAUCAAUGCAACAGACCUUCCUAUUCCAGAGCUUAUAAGGAUGUUCAAUCUAUGCCUUGGCCGGCAUGCUGAUUCUGUUUUGGAGAAUAUACCUCGAACCACGCACGCUAUUCUCGAACUUCUUUACGCUAUCUCUUCCGAUAAGGCAGAGGAGCUCGUGCAAGAGUGGCUUGCAAAGCUCGAAAAUGAGGCUUCUUACAACGGCCUACGAUGGUCAGGCUUCGCAGUUGCACUCGGGGCAGCAUACUCUGUAGUCGCUUUGCGAGGCCAAGGAGAAAAAUCGGUCGCUAUCCAAACCCGGAUAGUCGAUGUUCUUGCAUUCAGGUGCACAUCAGCGGUUGCUAUUGAGCCUCGCACCGUUGCUCUGUUAGCUAUUAGCGUUUUGCUGAAAGGCAACAAAAAGACUGCGCAUGGCAACUCUCUCAACGAUAGUGUUUGUGAUCAUAUCGCGAAGGCUAUGCAUAUUGCUGUAAACGAUUACACCACUACUGAGCGAGGCGAUAUCGGAGCCUUGGUUCGAUUGGAAGCUCUCAGCACAAUUGGAGUGGCAUGGGAAACAGGUCUACUUCAAGGUUCUGCCUAUGAAGAGCAGUUACACGCUGACAUCCUACGCUUGUCGCUUGAAAAGCUAGACAAGAUCCGCCUCAGAGCUGCCCAGACGCUGGAAAAAGGGUCAUACGAAAGCUUUUUGCAGGCUUAUAGCAUCGUAGCGGAUGGCACCUCGUCAUAUGCAUAUUUUGCCAACGCUCUCAACGUCAUAAAGCCAACCACGUCAGAAGCAGUGAGAGAAGCAUUAUUCCUUGGCUUCAUCACAUCUGCAGGUAUGGGAUCGGAAUCUGUAGUUCAAAAUUCUCGGGCUGCGCUUCUCGAUGCUGUCGACCAAUGGCCUAUUGAGAGUGGAACACAUGAAGGAGACGAAGUACGACUCUCACUGUUAUACAUGGCAAACUGCUUUUUGUCACUACUUAAAAAGAAUCUGGAGUCGGAAAGAGUUCUAUUGCCUCUGCUAGAAGUGCUGGCAUUUCUUUUCGACAUGCAAAUCAUGCAACAAUUGAUCUCUACAUCAUUCAAUUUCCGUGCUUUACUUUCCUAUACCCAGAAAGCACACUUCAAAUCGACGCAUAUACCAAAACUCCUUCUGGCUUUGGAUGUGUACCGUGGCUUGGGAAUGGUAGCGCAGACGAGAGUGGAUACGAUCACAAAGGUCACGAGUAUGCUACUGCAUCCUUUCCCCAAGAUCCGCAUUGCAGCCGCCGAAAUCCUUUGGAUGCUGACCGGGGAAGAAGGGCUAAAAAGGCACGACUGGAUCCUGCCUCCGAAGAGUCUCAAGCCCGUGGUCGACGAUAUCAGAACAUCACUAGCAAAAGCAGAUAUGAAAACUGCUUCUGUUGAUAGUAUAGGAAAGAAGUAA